CCCCCCUCACGCACGCCUCCCUCCGGGCAGAUGAGGCUUAGCGGUGAGCGGUCAGUGGGUGAAGCAGGGCGGCCUGUCGAGUCAGCUAUCUGGGUAGCUGGGAGGGACGAUCCCGGCGCGGAGCGGAGCGUUACCAUCGUGGGAAAACAACAACAGUUACCGGGAACGGAGACGGUCUGGUCACACGGCAGCCUCAACAUGCACCGAAUAACGGGGAAAUCUGGAGAGGACAACUUAAUAAUAGAAAUGAGCCCGACGGACUCCUUCAACGAUGAUUUGAAUGGCUGUAACCAGCAUGCUUCAGGAUCAGCGUUUCCCUACACACCCGACGUGUGUGUGGAGACGUGUGACUCUCUGAACACCAGCCUGGCCUCUCUGGCCCCCUCCGACCAAAGUGACGGUCCACAGUACAGGUCUCAGUCUUUAGAGCAAAUCAGUUCUUUGACUGGGCUUUGGAAAAAGCGGGCACUAUUCCUGAAGUAUCGUUCCAGGAUUGACAAACAACAGCAGAGUAAAGACUCUGUGUUCUUCCGAGAUGGAGUACGGCGGAUUGAUUUUGUCCUCUCUUACGUGGAUGAAAAAGAUGGUGAAAGAAAACAGGAGAGGAGACGGAUCUAUGAAGACAACUUGGUGAAUGUUGGCCUGGAACUGGAAACAGAAAGCAAAUCAGAGUCUGAGGAUGGAAAGACCUACUUUGUGAAGAUCCACGCUCCAUGGGAAGUUUUGUCCACCUACGCUAGUGUGUUGAACCUCAAGGUCCCGUUCAAAGUCGACGACACGCUGGAUGAGAAAACAGAAAUGCCCAUGAGCUGGCUGGCCACGCCUUUCCGUCUGCCCAAGGACAUCAUGCACCCUGAGCCUGAUUAUUUCACUGCUCCUUUCAACAAGGACAAACCUGACUUCUUCCUCAUCAACGACAAAGACACAUUCUUCCCUCCCUCAACUCGCAACAGGAUAGUGUACUAUAUCCUGUCCCGCUGCUCCUACACCGGGGAGGAAUGUGCAGAUAAAGACAAGAAGGGAAUCAAGAGGUUGCUGAACAACAGCACCUACACUGCUGCUUUCCCUCUUCAUGAUUCGAGAUACUGGACAAGAUCGAAGGAUGCUAACUGUGAAAGUGAAAGAUACACUCUCUACAAAUACUGGGCGAAAUUCCUCUGCUUUUUCAAGGAGCAGCCCCUCGACCUCGUCAGAAAUUAUUACGGAGAGAAGAUUGGUAUUUACUUUGCUUGGCUUGGUUUCUACACCGAGAUGCUGCUGUUCGCCGCCGUCGUCGGAACCAUCUGUUUCCUGUACGGAUUCCUCACCUUUGACGACAACGAGUGGAGUAAAGAAAUAUGUAACGAGAAGAUUGGAGGGAAUAUUGUCAUGUGUCCUCUUUGUGACAAGAAAUGUAGCUUCUGGAAACUCAACACGACGUGCAACUCGUCGUGGCAAUCUCACCUGUUUGACAAUGUAGCAACAGUGUUUUUUGCCAUCUUCAUGGGAAUUUGGGUGACGCUGUUUCUGGAGUUCUGGAAGAGGCGGCAGGCCCGACUGGAGUACGAGUGGGAUCUGUUCGACUUUGAGGAGGAGCAACAGCAGCUGCAGCUGCGUCCAGAGUAUGAAGCCAAGUGUACCAAGCACGAGAAGAACCCCAUCACUCAGGAGCAAGAGUUGAUACUUGAGAGAACUGCAACAGGUUUAGCGGGGAACAUUUUUCUGUGCUGGGUCGCAGUGAUCUUCUGGAUCUCAUUGAUCAUUGCCUGCAUCAUUGGGGUGAUAGCGUACCGCCUGGCGGUGUACGCAGCCUUUGCUAGUAUCAUGAAGCAGAGUCCCACCAACCACCUGGAGGUGGUCGGCCCUUACAUCACACCCCAGCUGGCCACAUCUGUCACAGCCUCUUGCAUCAACUUUGUCAUCAUCAUGAUCCUCAACCUCAUGUAUGAGAAAGUGGCUAUCUGGAUAACCGAUAUGGAAAUCCCAAAGACUCACCUGGAGUAUGAGAACAAGCUGACCGUGAAGAUGUUCCUCUUCCAGUUCGUCAACUACUACUCUUCAUGCUUCUACGUGGCUUUUUUUAAGGGCAAGUUUGUCGGCUACCCUGGAGAUUACGCUUAUAUGUUUGGCAAGUGGAGCAAACUGAGGAAUGAAGAGUGUGACCCUGGCGGCUGUCUGAUUGAAUUAACAACCCAGCUGGUGAUUGUGAUGACCGGCAAACAGGUGUGGGGCAACAUCCAGGAAGCUCUGGUGCCGUGGAUGAUGAACUGGUGGGGCAGCAGGAAGGCUCGGAACCACCCAGAGAGUCUGUACAGUCGCUGGGAGCAGGACCACGACCUGCAGGGCUUUGGACAGCUGGGCCUCUUUGAUGAGUACCUGGAAAUGGUGAUCCAGUUUGGUUUCAUCACACUCUUCGUGGCCUCCUUCCCCUUGGCGCCCCUCCUGGCUCUCAUCAACAACAUCAUUGAGAUCAGAGUGGAUGCCUGGAAGCUCACCACUCAGUUCAGACGUCCUGUGGCAGCCAAGGCCCACAGCAUCGGAGCCUGGGAGGAAAUCCUCAAUGGGAUGGCUGUCCUCUCUGUUGUCACGAAUGCAUUUAUUGUGGCCUUCACCUCUGACAUGAUUCCUCGGUUGGUGUACAUGUAUGCCUACCAGCCAGAUGGAGAGCUGAACAUGAAGGGUUACAUAAACAACAGCCUGUCUGUCUUCAACAUCUCUGAGAUCCCACUGGAGAACAGGCCAGAGGAGGAAGAGAACCCUUCCUGGUUCAACAGCUCCAUCACAACCUGCAGGUAUCGUGAUUACCGCUACCCCCCAGGACAUGAGAAGCAGUACUCCCACACUAUGCAGUUCUGGCAUAUUCUGGCUGCUAAGCUGGCUUUUGUCAUUAUUAUGGAGCACGUUGUUUUCCUGGUCAAGUACUUCGUGGCCUGGUUGAUUCCUGACGUUCCUUCUGACGUAAGGGCACGGAUCAAGAGGGAGCGCUAUCUGGUCCAGAAGGAGCUCCACGACUAUGAAGUGGAGAAGCUGAAAAUCCAGCUCAGCCAUCAGAACCACCAGGAGUGCACGUGCACACCAGGGAUCUAUCCGUAUUUAUCCAAACAUGAGGUGCUGCCAGAAUUUUAGCACAGCGAUUCCGACACAGUGAUGUGUAAUCUGAUCCAGAACAUCACUUUGUCAAAUCACCUGUGACGUUGGAUGAAGAGCUUUACUCACUUCACAGCCAUAUAUUUUCUGUUUACUUGCUGACUUUGGAAAGGCUGAAAGACCAAGUCUCCGUGCAUGCAGGCACUUCAAGAUGCUUGAAUUUAGAUUUCUGUCUCAUUGAGAUGAAGUUGGUUCAACUUUACUGUAAGAAAAGAGGAAAUCUUCUACACUGAGUCUAAAUGAGAGGCCUCACAUAUUUAUUUAAAGUGCCACUAUAAGUAGCCAAAGACUGAACGCCUUGAAAAAUCACUUCUGCAAAUCAUGUUUUUUUUAACUUUGCAUUCAUGUUGUCAAAGGUUCUGCUGUGAUUUACAUCUGUUUAGCUUUGAGGUCACAGCAUUGAUUGGAAAGUAAUCUCAGAUUCUGUUUAAAUUCACUGACUGUUAUGGCAGGUUUGAUUAUGAAUAAUCCAAUCUGCUCAUGGCUUCAGCCAGCCCACAACCUGACCUGUGAAGUAGCUUUUUAAAACACGAUACAUCUGUGCUCCUGUUCUGACUGUGAGUAAGGACUUCUUUUGUGGCCAGUUGUUCAGCCGCAGCUGGUGCUUGUUGACCGUUUACCCAAAGAUGAGAGCUGAACACUCUCGAGCGACGACUCCUUAGUUUUUUAAUGUUCCUGUGGUUUCUGACACCUGUAGCUAACUGAACUGUGCUUUCCUCAGAUGUGCCUUUUAUACAAAAAGACACAUGUUUUAUUUCAUUUUGCACAAAGCACUUACAAGAGAUGAGGCUGUCCGACUAAAUAAGACGUCAAUAUGAAUACAGUUUCAUGUAUAUAAAGGAUGUUUAAUGCCACUUUGGCUUAUUGAAUAGACAUCUGUGGAGGUUUUAUGGAUUUUGAUUUCAUGUAGAGUAACAGAAAAAUGUGUUAAAGUUGUGAAAUGUUUAAAUGUGACCACAAGAUCACCUCGCUGUUCCAGUUUGCCUUAUCUGUGCCUUGUGCUCAGCUGACCUAAUGCCUUUUGAUGCCUUAAUAUAAUCGUAUUUUCUAUAACUUUACUUUUAUUUAACUUUUUUUUCAUGAGUAUGUUAUGCUGUCAGGCUUUAGUUACAAAAUGAAAGAAUAACCUGUUUACUGUAUGCUCAGUGGGUUUUUGAUGUUUUUAUUCAUUUAUGCUCUGCCUUUUUUGUAAUCCAAAACUAUAAUAUAAUAAAAGUAAGUCUCCACAUGA